GGAAGGCGCGAAGAAGGAGCGGAGAGAAUCUUGGGGCGUGCUUUUUUAGUGUACAUUCACACACACACACGCACACGCACACACACACACAGAGUUCUGUCCACGGGAGAGAAAUUCCAGAACUGUUGAGACGAGGAUUGUAAAUGCAGGGAUCCUCUUCUCGCCCAGCCGCGCACUGCCCCGGAAGCCUGGGGACUAUAAAGUGAAAAUGGAGCAACAAGAACCAGCAGAUUCUCAAAAUACCAAGCAGUCUGUUAUUUCAGAGAAGUUAAUUUCAGAAGGAGACUGGGUCAAGCUUGAAAAAACAACUUACAGAGAUCCUACUGGUAAAACAAGUGUGCUGGGGAUGGGACCCUCAGUGCUUUUCCCAGCACUGUCUUCUUCAGUCUUUAGGACGCUAACCCUAGGAGGCAGCAGAGAGAACUGGGCCAGAAGAACUUGGGAAACUGUGAAGCGGACAACGAGGAAAGGCCAGUCGGCUGAUGGUGUGGCGGUCAUCCCGGUGCUGCAAAGAACCCUUCACUAUGAAUGCAUCAUUCUGGUGAAGCAGUUCCGACCCCCGAUGGGGGGCUACUGCCUAGAAUUCCCCGCCGGUCUCAUCGAUGACAACGAAAGCCCAGAAGCAGCUGCUCUUCGGGAGCUUGAGGAAGAAACUGGCUACAAGGGCGACGUUGCUGAAUGUUCCCCAGCUGUCUGUAUGGAUCCAGGUUUGUCAAACUGUACCACACAUAUCGUAACCGUAACUAUCAAUGGAGAUGAUGCUGAAAACGUAAGGCCUAAGCCAAAGCCAGGAGAUGGAGGUACGUGUCCCGCUCGGGGACUGGCCUUGAGUGCCGUGUGGUGCAGCGGGAGCGGCCAUGGCAUUGUGAGUUGCUCAGGUGGGCUCGUCUGGUGUCCGGCUUUAUUUUCACUUGCACUUUGUUUGUUUAGAAUUUGUGGAAGUGAUUUCCUUACCAAAGAAUGACCUGCUGAAGAGACUUGAUGCUCUGGUAGCUGAUGAACAUCUGACAGUGGAUGCCAGAGUCUAUUCCUACGCUCUGGCGCUGAAACAUGCAAACACGAAGCCGUAUGAAG